GCUGCUGCUGCUGCUCCGUGUUCGAGGCUACAACUCCCAAAUUUAAAAACCUCCCUCAGAGCACAGCGCGUGUGGUUUCCUCCUCCUCCUCCUCCUCCUUCUCCUCCUGCUGCUGCAAAACCGCAAUGAAGGAAUUUAUUCGUUUGUUCUGAAGUCACAGAGAUGAGGUGACUUUUCCCCGCGUCGAGUGAAGAUCAGGGAAAACCGGACCUGUCGAUUCUCACCGACAACUCCUGCAGCAUCCUCCAAAACGAAAAAAACCCUCGGCUUUCACCUUUACUUGUUCUGUUUCCCUCCUCAGACUGGACACAGACUGACUGACCGCAGGGCUGAAUAAAUGGAUAAUAACGCUGCAAAUUCGGAGAAAUCUCACCUGAUACACGAGAGGAAUGCCAAGAUGUAUUCUUUAAAGCUACAAAGCUCCUUUCCAGACUCCAAAGAGCAGUAUCCCGACUUCCCCUUUAAAAACGGAGGCAUGGCCGGCGCCAUCGAGCUGAAACGACCCGUCGGCGCCCACUGCCACGGCACCAAAGCCCCGCCGUGUGAGGAGAGCGUGGACAAGCUGCUGGCCAAGAAGAAACUCUACAUCGCCUCGGCCGUCUGCCUCGUCUUCAUGAUCGGCGAGGUUAUAGGAGGUUACCUGGCCCACAGCCUGGCCAUCAUGACUGACGCCGCCCACCUCCUGACAGACUUUGGCAGCAUGAUGGUGAGCCUGUUCUCCCUGUGGAUCUCCUCCAGACCGCCCACCAAAACCAUGAACUUUGGUUGGCACAGAUCAGAGAUCCUCGGGGCAUUCAUCUCAGUCAUGUCCAUCUGGAUCGUUACGGGGGCUCUGGUCUAUUUAGCCAUCGAAAGGAUCGUGCGCAACGACUAUGAGAUUGAUGGCCAUGUAAUGUUGGUCACCUCCGGGUGUGCUGUCAUCGUCAAUAUUAUCAUGGCCUACAUCCUCCAUCACUCCACCACCUUCCACGCUCACGGCAGCGGCUACCACCACAUCGACGAGGACGGCCAGAGUCCCGUCGCUCACGGCCACUCCCACACGCUCCUCGGCGGCCACAGCAACACCAGCGUCCGCGCCGCCUUCAUCCACGUGGUCGGGGACCUGCUACAGAGCGUCGGCGUCAUGGUGGCAGCGACCAUCAUCUACUUUCGGCCUGAGUACAAAGUUGCAGAUCCCAUCUGUACCUUCCUGUUCUCCGUCUUUGUCCUGUGCACCACCGUCACCAUCCUCAGAGACGUCUUCAGGAUACUCAUGGAAGGUUCUCCUAAAGGAAUAGAGUUUAACUCGGUGAAGGAGGUGCUGCUGUCUGUGAAAGCCGUGAAGUCCAUGCACAGUCUGCACCUCUGGGCUCUGACCCUGGGCCAGGCGCUGGUCUCUGUUCACCUGGCCAUAGACGAGGGUGCCGACCCUCAGUCAGUGCUGCAGGAGGCCACCGACCUGCUCCACACCAAGUUCGGUUUCCACAGCAUCACCAUCCAGGUGGAGCUCUACUCUGAAGACAUGAGCCACUGCUCCCACUGCCAGGACCCCAGUGACUGACACUGAUACUGAUACUGGACUGAACUGGACUGGACCCAACGGGAAACGUGGAACGGCUCAGGCACAUUCUCAUUCUCUCUGACGGGCUGUAGUCACGACGCAGCUUCCUGUUUAAAAAAAGAAAAGUAAGAAAGAGUUUUUGGUUGGUUGCUGUGUUCGCCAUUUAAGUCACAAGAAAUCAGACAGUGAAAUCAUCCAUGUGUGGCUGUCGAGUGCUGACGAGGAGCUCCAUGCUAACAGUCCUAUGUCAUAAUGUUACACAAUGUUAAAAUGCACACAGGUAAAUCAGGUGCUGUCUUAUAAUGAAAUCUUAAAGAAGGUGGAGCCCCGAAGACAGUUUUGCCAAAAUGUCUGCCAUGCCCCAAAAAUUAUGCAACAGAGCCACGAGACCUCGUACAUCUGCAACAAAAACUAAAAACACAAGAUCACAUUACAACACUUUUUAUGAAAUAACCUUAUUGUUACAGAUAAAAAUAGUCUAUAAUACGUGCAUUUGUUCACUAGAUUUGGUAGCAAGUUUAAAGUAGUUGCAAACUGGUUACAGAACUUUUACUGUAGCUAAAGUUAAAAACAAACAAAAACAUUUUACUUGUGCUUGAAUGUGUUCUCCAUAUUUGUCCAUGCGAGCAGCUCGGGGGAAUUCGCUGCCGUCAAAUCUGCAUUAAUGUGACCAACAGGAACUGCAGCGGUUCAUCACGAGCACCCUUUCAAAGCACAAAAGUCAAAAUGGGACAAGGUGGUGUGGUAAUGACAAGAAUGCAGGGACAGA